AAACCGGAAGUUUUCAUAUCGAUAGACGCAUUCCUGUUUCUUCAAACUUUUGUUGUCAUUUUGUAACUUUAAAGCUUCUUAUACAUAUUUUACUAUGUUUAAGGCAAAGGUUUUAGUAUUAGGACCUUGUGAGAGUGGAAAGACCGCGCUGUCCAAUUUUCUGGCUGAUGCUACUGAGACGGCGAGCGGGGAAUACCAUCCAACACAAGGCUGCAGGAUUUUGGAGUUUGAGAAUCACAACCCUACGGCUGGUCAUGGCCGACAGUCGACCGUGGAGGUUGAGUUGUGGGACUGCAGUGGAGAUAAAAAAUUUGAGGCUUGCUGGCCAGCAUUUGCGAGGGGCACGACAGGAAUCGUCUUUGUGUAUAACCCUGACCAACAAAACCAUGACAAGGAGUUAGAAAGCUGGUAUAAUUACUUCAUAGAAGAGCAAGGUGUUAAGGAGACAUCAUGUUGUGUGUUCGCUCACCACAAACCUAGUGCCCCCGACAGGGAACGAUCUCAACUUUCCCAGUGUUUCAGCAACAUUCCUGUUGUCCAUACAAAUAUUGAAGAAGAUGGCGAAGCAGUCCGGAACGAGUUCAGCCAGUUCCUUGCAAAACUCACAGUCGCAAUGUCGGAUAAACGUGAACAGGAGGAACUCAGCAUCAUGAACCACCGAUAGACUGGUUGUGGGAGGGGAGCAUGUGUAGACUGGUUGUGUGAUGAAACCAUUGCAUUUGUUGCUAAAAGAGCUUUGAUGCUGAAAAAAUGUGAUUUGAAUGACAAACAUUGUGUUUCAUCUGUGAUACUGUGAUAUUUUGUGUAUUUAUUGUUUCAAAUAGAGUGUAAAAAUGCAACAACAUAAUUUUAUGAAUAAGAAGAAGGUAACAAUAAUGGUAAAUGUCCUUGUAGCAAUUUAUUUUUAUUCCACUGAUCUGUAUACAAAGACUUUUUUAAAUGAAAGCCAUUGUCAAACCAACACAUACAAAUGAACAUGUACAUGUUACUAAAACAGAACUAUUUGUGCGACUUUAUUGUAGUAUUGUAGUGUUCAUUAAAUGUUGUGUACUGUAGAA